GAUCACUAAGUUUUAGCUAUGACCAGAUUACAUUUUCCAAAAUAUGUGGUAUUUUCUGUCCUCAUUGUCCUGAGUGCUGAUGCACUAGACACUUUUAUUGCUGCGGUGUAUGAGCAUGCUGUUAUAUUACCAGUGAGAACGGAAACUCCUGUAUCAAAAGAAGAUGCUUUGCUCCUAAUGAACAAGAACAUUGAUGUUUUGGAGAAAGCAGUAAAGCUACCAGCUAAGCUGGGUGCCCAUAUCAUUGUGACUCCAGAAGAUAGAAUUUAUGGCUGGGUUUUCACCAGGAAGACUAUUUACCCUUACCUGGAGGAUAUCCCAAACCCUGAAGUGAACUGGAUUCCAUGUAGGGAGCCCCAAAGGUUUGGUCAUACUCCAGUACAAGAAAGGCUCAGCUGCAUGGCCAAGGACAACUCUAUCUACAUUGUGGCAAAUAUCGGGGACAAGAAACCAUGUAAUGCCAGUGACCCUCAGUGCCCCGUGGAUGGCCGUUACCAGUACAACACCAAUGUGGUCUUUGAUUCUGAUGGUAAAUUGGUGGCACGCUACCAUAAGUACAAUCUUUUUCCACCUGAAACUCAGUUCGACUACCCUAAGGAUUCAGAAUUUGUGACUUUCAAGACUCCUUUUGGAAAGUUUGGCAUUUUCACUUGCUUUGACAUUUUUUCUCACGACCCAGCUGUGGUUGUGGUGGAAGACUUCCAGGUUGACAGCAUUCUCUACCCCACUGCCUGGCUCAACACGUUGCCCCUCUUCUCGGCUGUUCCCUUCCACUCAUCAUGGGCCAGGGGCAUGAGAGUUAAUCUCCUUGCUGCAAAUAUCCACCAUACUAGGAUGCACAUGACAGGGAGUGGAAUCUAUUCACCAGAGGCUGUCAAAGUAUACCACUAUGACAUGGAAACCACGAGUGGCCAGCUGCUGCUAUCAGAAUUAAAAUCCCACCCUCGCCGUGACCCCACAUAUCCAGCAGCUGUUGACUGGAGUGCUUAUGCCAAAAGCGUCAAGCCGUUCUCAUCUGAGCAGUCCAAUUUUCCAGGAAUUAUUUAUUUUGAUGAGUUUACCUUCACCGAGCUUAAGGAAAGCACAGGAAACUACACAGUGUGUCAGAAAGACCUGUGUUGUCAUUUAACGUACAAGAUGUCUGAGAAGAGAUCAGAUGAGGUGUAUGUUCUGGGUGCUUUCGACGGACUGCAUACAGUAGAAGGCCAAUAUUACGUACAGAUAUGCACAUUACUGAAAUGUCAAACCACUGACUUGAAAACAUGUGGGGAGCCUGUGGGGUCACCAUUUACCAAGUUUGAAGACUUUUCCCUCAGUGGCACAUUUGGAACAAGUUAUAUUUUCCCACAGAUUGUUCUGAGUGGGAGCCAACUUGCCCCUGAGAAAUAUUAUGAGAUUUCAAGAGAUGGUCGUCUGAGGACCCGAAGUGGAAUCUCUUUGCCUGUUCUGGUUAUGGCCCUGAAUGGAAGAGUGUUUGAGAAGGACCCUCCACGCUUAGCACAGGGACCUUGGAAGUUACAAUGA